UAGAGGUUAUAGAGUAGUAGAGGGAGUAAAGGUCGUAGAGUCUAAAGAGGUUAAAGCGAUCGAACCGAGAAGUAAGGAUCGUCGUAAUCGUCGGGAUAACGAUAACUAUUAUAUAAAAGAUAUUCUAGUAGUCGAUUCUUAUUAUCUCGAAUACGAUCUCUCUAUAAUCGUACUCGCCGCCGCUAUCGACCUAUACGUUAAACGUAGUACCGAAGUAGAGCCUAUAGAAGACGUAGAGCCUAUAGAAGACGUAGAGGCUAAGGAGAUCGUAGAGGCUAUAGGAGACGUCGAGGCUAUAGAAGUCGUAGAGGCCGUAGAAGUCGUAGAGGCUAUAAAAGUCGUCGAGGCAUUAGAAGUCGUAGAGGUAUUAGAGGUAAUAAUCGCUCCGGAGGUCGUAGAGACUCGAGAGGUUAUAGAUAAUAUCGAGGUUAUAGGGGUUAUAGAGGCUAUAGAGGCUAUAGAGGCUAUAGGGGCCGUAGAGGUUAUAGAGGUCGUAGAGGUCGUAGAGGUUAUAGAGGUAGAGCCUAGAGCCGAUACUAUAAGGAAGCUUCUAAGCUUACUUAUAAGUAAGCUUAGAAGUAAGGUUAGAAAGGUCGUAGAGGAUAUAGAGGCUAUAGAUACUAUAGAUAUAAUAAAGGCUAGAGAACCCGUAGACUUUAUAGAUAUAGGAGAGGCUAGAGAGCUAUCGGCGGUUAGUAAUCGUAUAGUAGUUAUAGAG